AAUGACAGAAAAGUACAACUCAUGCCAAGGUUGCUCCGGACGCCGACUCCUACCGAUUCCGUCUCCAACCCCUUCUUUUCAGGCCCCUGAAGGUGCACAAACUCCAAAUCGCUGGAGCGGUCAGUCCUUCGAUCAACCAUCCAUAUCCUCGGCUUCUACAGCCAUUUCCGCUUUACAAGACAUAUUCAAGAACCUGAGUGCAGAAGAUAUAAAACCAACUUUUCACCCCCGAAUAGAAACUCAGCUGCCCGUGGACGAUGCCGAUGACGCGGAUGCUGAAGAGUUCGAAGAGCUAUGUCUCGGGUGCCCGCAUUAUCAAAGAAACGUCAAACUCCAGUGUUUCGAAUGCAAGAAGUGGUACACUUGUCGAUUUUGCCAUGACGAGGUUGAAGACCAUAAUCUUAAUCGCCCCAAAACAGAGAACAUGCUAUGUAUGCUAUGCGGCCAUGCCCAGCCAGCCGCCCAAUACUGUAAGUGGUGCGGCGGACUAGCAGCGCAAUAUUAUUGUGUCGAGUGCAAACUCUGGGACAAUGAUGCUAGUAAAAGCAUAUAUCAUUGCAACGACUGUGGCAUUUGCCGUAUCGGCAAGGGUAUAGGUAAAGACUUUUUUCAUUGCAAGACUUGCAGUGUCUGUCUCCCUAUAUCAAUCGAAACAACACAUAAGUGUAUCGAGCGUUCGACUCAGUGCGAUUGUCCAAUAUGCGGGGAUUAUAUGUUCACUUCACCAGAGACAGUUGUGUUCAUGCGGUGCGGUCACAGCAUUCACCAGCGGUGUCUUUCUGAAUAUUCCAAAUCAUCUUACCGCUGUCCAAUAUGUAGCAAGACCAUAACAAAUAUGGAGGCUACAUUCCGAAAUUUGGAUAGGGCCAUUCAAAGCCAACCGAUGCCAGCUGACUUCAAAGAUAUCAAAGCUAUUAUAACCUGCAAUGACUGUGGCACUAAAUCGAUUGUCAAAUAUCACUGGCUGGGCCUAAGAUGUGAUAUGUGUGAAUCAUACAAUACCACUCAGCUUAGUGUCCUUCAAGGGAAUCCUCCAGGUUCUUCAGAGCACGACCUUGAACAUGAAAGUUCUCCAAUUUCCAGAUUAAGGUCGUCUUCCCACGGUAUGGAUGACUCGGCGCUUCCACCUCUGGCGCGAUCGCAAGCCGAUCCCAGUUCAGCGCCGGGGGCAGGCCCACAUCCGCAAUUCAACUUAUCGAGAUCUACCAAUCCAUCCGGGCAAUUUUCUUCAUAUAACCUUACUCGCAGCCGUGCAGUCUCACCUGUAAUCAGCAAUUACUUCGGCAUACCGCCGGAGCGCCAGUCACAAAGGUCUACCUCGACAUCUUUCUUUAGCAGCCGGCUGAGCCAAAAUGAUGUGAAUGACGGUGAGGGCGAGCUUACCAUCUGGGGCACCAGGUUCAAGUAUAGAUAUGGAUUCCUCGGCAGGGGAACAGAUCCAGGUGACGACGAUGAGGAGGGGGAGGAGCUAUCCGACUCCAGCGAAUCAGACGAUAAAGAUGACGAGGAAGAUGAAGAGGACGAUGAGGAUGAAGACGACGAAGGUAUCGAUAUAUUCGGACAUCGAUAA